AGUGUUGAUCAGUACAGUUACUGUACAAGAGCGAUAGACACCACUGUGUUCAUAUUCUGUUCACCUAAUAGUAAUAGCUCCAGGUCUUUCAUUUACACAGCCUUCUGACUGUUCCGUGCUUGUCAUUUUGGAAUCAGGUGGGGCGGCUUAAGAGAACGGUGCAACAAGUUCGAUCAGGCAGAGUUCUGCAGACCAGGUCCCCGGUGACAGGUUUUAAAUAACAUUUACUCUGAUAACUAGAAACUCGCGUGGGUCAUUCCACGGGGUGUUUUACAAUUGGAAUUGGUCUUUUUUUUCUUAUACAUAGUUUUAUUAAUUUAUAUUUCCAACGCGUAAAUGUCGUGUCUGGCAAAAUCAAAUAUUUAUCAGUUGGCCUGUUGAAAAAAAAAAACGGUGUUUUAUGUUCAAUAUUUUAAAUUUGGUGCUAUAUUAUUGAAAUAUAACAUGACGGCUGCAGCUAAAAAAGGCGACCCUAGACGUGCUGAAGAUACGGAGAGUAAAGCUGCUUCAGGUGGACAGCGCUGCUGCAGCAGGACUUUUCCCAAUGUCCUGUCAUGUAUACUGUCUCUUCUGUGCGUAGCAUACUGUAUACUUCUCAGUGUAAGAACCUCAGAGUUCCAAGACAGGGUUUUUGCGUUAGAAACUGGAAAAGGAGAGUUGUAUUAUUAUCGAGCUCCAGCCUUUUCAGUGGAUCAACUCAAUUCUAUGGUGCAAGAAAGAGUGGAUGAACUUCUGGCGCAGAGAUCAUACGAACAUUUGGCAAAAAUCAGGAUUGCACGGGAAGCGCCGCCUGAAUGCAGCUGUCCAGCAGGCCCGCCAGGAAAGCGAGGAAGAAGGGGCAGAAAUGGCGAAUCAGGACCGCCUGGCCCUCCCGGUCCAAAAGGUGACAAGGGGGAUCAAGGUGACCAAGGUCCACGGAUGGUCUUCCCUAAAAUCAAUCAUGGGUUUCUUUCUGCUGAUCAGCAGCUCAUAAAGCGCCGGCUCAUUAAGGGAGAUCAAGGUCAGGCUGGCCCUCCUGGCCCUCCAGGGCCCCCAGGACCACCCGGCCCCCGUGGCCCUCCAGGAGACACAGGGAAGGAUGGACCCAGGGGUGUGCCAGGCCUGCCGGGAGAACCAGGAAACUCAGGGGAAGUGGGACCAAUGGGACCCGAGGGGCCUCCAGGACAAAAGGGCUCUCCUGGAUCUCCUGGGAAUGCAGGUGUGGACGGCAACAAGGGGGAACCCGGUUUGCCAGGGAUAGACGGAACACCUGGAAUCAAGGGUGAAAUAGGAGAAUGGGGUGAAAAGGGCAACACAGGGGAGCCUGGCCAGAAAGGGGAUAUGGGCGCAAAGGGUGAAUCUGGCUCAUCUGCAGCUGGGAUAAAGGGUGAACCAGGAGAAACAGGGCGUUCAGCGCAAAAGGGUGAACCAGGUCUACCUGGGCUUCCCGGACUUCCAGGGAUAAAGGGCGAGACAGGUUUUAUGGGUCCUCAGGGAGAGCCUGGGUUACCAGGGUUACCAGGAACAAAGGGAGAAAGGGGAGAUUCGGGCCCACCUGGGAAAGGGGAGCGUGGAGAAGGUGGUCCUCAGGGCUCAAAGGGGGUUCCUGGGGAGGCUGGAGCCACAGGCCCCAAAGGGUCAAAGGGUGAUUCUGGAGAGACAGGUGAAUUAGGAGCCAUGGGGCCCAGGGGUCCACCAGGGCAAAAGGGUGACCAAGGAGCCACUGAGAUAAUUGACUAUAAUGGAAACAUCCAUGAAGCACUGCAGAGGAUUACCACUCUAACAGUCACGGGUCCCCCAGGACCACCUGGACUGCCAGGGCAGCAAGGAAUAAAGGGAGAGACAGGAGCCCAAGGGAAUCCCGGGCUGGAUGGCGAGCAGGGUCCCAAAGGUUCAAAAGGUGACAUGGGUAUCCCGGGCAUGUCAGGAGAGAAAGGAGAAAUAGGUCUACCUGGAUUGCCAGGUGCUAAUGGCAUGAAAGCAGAAAAGGGAGAUUCUGGUUUACCUGGUCCUCAAGGUCAAUCUCUUAUUGGUCCUCCUGGAGCUCCAGGGCCCCAAGGCUUACCAGGCCCAAUGGGACCUAAUGGCUUCCCUGGACCCAAGGGUGAACCAGGGUUACAUGGUGUUAAAGGAGUGAAGGGUGAGCCAGGGCAUAAGGGCGACAGAGGACCCCUUGGUCUCCCAGGUAUGGACGGUCCAGUAGGUCCUUCAGGCCCGGCUGGCCCAAAAGGUGACAGAGGUGAAAUGGGACCAGCUGGUGAACCUGGCCCAAGAGGACCAUAUGGAUUACCUGGCACAGAGGGGUCCCCUGGAUUGGAUGGAUUACCAGGCCUGAAGGCAGAGAAAGGAGAUCCUGGUGAAAAGGGAGAAAAGGGAUUCCGGGGAUUUAAGGGUGAAAAGGGGGAGCCAGGUCAGCCUGGCCUGGAUGGGCUGGAUGCCCCCUGCCAAUUGGGUCCAGAUGGAUUACCAAUGCCUGGAUGUUGGCAGAAGGGAGUCACGCCAUGGCUGGUGGCUUGAAAAGAUAUGAUCCCAGAUUUUCUAAAAUCUUCAGCAAUUUAAACCUGCAGUUCUUCAACUCCAGUUGUGUAGGCCAUGAGCCCACAUCUGCAUUACUUCCUUUGUGCAUGCCUAGCAGUCAAGCAGACGCAACAAGCAGCAUUUGUUAUUUUGGCAAGGAUACAAUAUGGGUGCUGACCCUACAGUAUGGAUCAGCACGGAUUGAUUUAGACUCAAGAGGAUUUGGAAGAGCAUCGGCAGUACUGAGGUGGAAGGUCCUCAGUGGAUUCACAAUGCUUAAGUUUGACCAUGGAUUUCACGCAUCACAGACCAAAAGAAGGAUUUUGCCGUCACUUGUGAGGCAACUGUUGGGUUUUGACGAGAGAAAUGGAAACAAGUAGUGUUUGACCAGCUUCUAUGAGAAACAAAAUGGAUGGUCCUACUGCCUUUUAGGAGUGAGAGUUGAACUGUUAAAAUGACAGGACCUUAGAGGAAGGGUUAUCACAGAAUUGCAUUGAUGCAUUUUUAUAUUCAUGAUGCAUAAUAGCCUAUUGUGCCUCAAGGACUCGUAACUCUUUUAUUUUGUUGUAAACAUACAGCAAACUUCACAAACAUUAUUUGUCUUUGAGGAAUGGUACUUUUUUGUAUAACAUGUUGCAGUAUUACACCAUCUAAGAUUACUGUAUUUUGUUCUUAAAUGAUAUUUUCAGAAUUAAAUUUACUCAUAUUAUUUCAAGUUUUCUGCAAGGAACUAAAAGGAAAUGGAUGGUAGUGGCUACCAAAAAAUGGUGGUUGCUGCCGCUUUGGCUCUCUUUACAAGAAGAUUGGACUGAAUGGACACUUAAGGACAAAAAACAGAUGCUGCUAGAAUCGAUUUAACAGACAGCUGCUCUAAGACUUAGAACGAAUCAGCAGAAAUGUUAAAGUAUUGUAGACUUAAUGAUUGAUAUAAUUUUUUUUAAGUUGAUACAUUUAUUAGCCUGUAUUUGCUUUCCUGAUUUCCCAUAUGGUAUGCACUAGUCAAACCUUCUUCGAAUGACCACUCAAUACACAGGUAGGCUAGCUUUAUAUCCAGGUGAUUCAACAUAGGAAUUCACUAUAGACAGAUGGUCUAAGAAUAUGUUGACUGUAAUUACUGCAUCAUUUAAGUCAUACUUUUAUUACUUUAUUCCCAACCUAAUCAAUAAUAUUUAGGAAAUUAAAAUGUAAAUCCAUAUGUGUUAUACAUGCUACCUUUUAAUAUUUAGAGAACAGUGGUUAUGUUGUUCAGUGUUAUCUUCAAUGAUUGAGUAAGGCUAGGCUUACUGAGUUAGAUUGGGAAAGUCAGUUUUGCCAUUGCAGCCAGCGCUAACAAUAGUGUAUUAUGAAAAGUGGGAAUGGAAAAACUGAGUGUUCAUUAAAUCCUGAGGAAAGGGAAAGGCAAUUGUCAAGGGGGGUGCAAGUACUAACAAUCACUAACCCUUUCAACACACCUGUGCAUUUAAGUUGUGCCUUCCUGUAUUCACAUAUUUCUGGACUUUUGCUGUGAUCACCAAUAAUGACAGUAGUCCUACUUCCACAAACACAACAAGAAACAGACAGAAACUGUUAGUCAACCCAUGACAAUUCUGGAGUCUGACUAACCAAGGCUAAAAUAAAAGAACAGGCCAGGGUAUAAAUACACUAAAGAGACUGAAAACCAUUCACUUUUUAGGUUAAGCAAUGCACAUCUCUAGGAGCCAUUUGGAAAGCGCUCUGCAGUCAGACAGGGCCCUCGAAACCAGGCAAACAGGUACAGAUCAGUGUUUUUUUUUUUUUUAAUUAAUGGUAAUAUUGUUCUUUUGUAUAUUUUUUAUUUUUUUAAAUGUUGGGUCUUUUUUUUAAAAAAAAAUGCUUACCAUGUUAAUUAUUUUUUGACAAUUGACAUUGUUAAUGUAUUAUUUCAAAUAAGCAUUCCUUGUAACUUUUUCUAAUUUUACUGAUUUUUGAGAAAAAAGUGGUUAAAAUACCAGCUUUUUAAAAUUACAAACCAAAAGGUUUUAACGUUUGUAUCUUGGCUUUGUAGUAAUUUUCAGCAUAGGCUUUAUUUAGAACGUCUGUUUUCCCAAUUAGGAAUCAUUAUUGAUCACAGCUAGUUUUUCGGUCACUAGUGCUUAUUUAUAGUUCGUAUCACUAAAGGAAAGUAUUCUACAGUACUUCAUAUGCUUGCCCCUUAAAAAAUGAUCAGUUCCUACAUAGUGUAGUAUUGAAUUGAUUAUUUUAAUUGAAGUUGCCAACCAUUUUCAUAUUUGGUAAAUAUAAUUUUUAUUUCAAAAUGCACUCUGUGCUAUUUAACGUAUUAGUGCUACUCCUGUGCACUAACAGUACUCCAUUACUGCGUGGUAGAUGACACUAUUAAUGUAAAACAGUAAUGUUUUAAAGUUUAUUAUUAGCCAAGAAAAAUAGGUUGUCAUACUCCAAAUGAAGGGCAGUCGUUUUGGUUUUGAGUAGUAGAACGUUGUUAUUGAAAUGUCAAUGUAAUUAGGAAUAACCAAGGCUGACUAGAAAACAGAGACGUUAAUCAAGUGUGAACCACUGAAAGUCUGUUACAGCUAUUUGGUUUUAUUUGUAUUCAUUUUAGAGGGCUUACUGAGUUAAGACUCAGAAGUUUAUUUUUGUGGAGCUAAAAUGAUGAAAUAUUUUUUCAGUUUAUAUUUUUAAAGCCUUUUUUAUAUUAAGUGUUUUUUUGUUAUAGCUUAUUUUCACAAUUAUGGUGUUUCUGGCCAUCUUUUUUCAUAUACAGGAAAGGCAAGAAGAAAACAGGAAAAGCAUGAAGAAAACAGUAUUUUAACCAAUGUGAACAUAUCUGGUACCAUUUUGUCAAUUUUAAGUGUUAGAGUUUCUUUACGUAAUCUCAUAGGGUUUAUUAAUCUGUAUUUUAAGGAAUUAUAAAAUGGAUAUUUCUUAGAUGGGUUUAUAGAGAAAUAUUUUGUUUAACACGUUUUUUGUUUGAUUUUCUUAUUUUUAUUAUCUUCAGUCAAGUUUUGUAGUUUAUUUUUCCAUUUCAUUUGACUGAAGUAUAUCUUCAAAACAUGUUUUACACCGUGUACAGCUGUUUUCAUCACAAUGUGUGUAGUGUUACCCCUGCUUUUGACUGUGACUUGAUACUUAUAAUUAUGUUGCUAAAAUGUUCUGUAUUGAUGGUGGUUACUAUUCUAAACAUAGAAAGCAUAUGUUUGUAUCCCAUAAAUCCAUUGGCUGCUGAGUUUGAAAUAAAUGCACUGUAUGUCUGUAAAUUGUACUCACAGCUGUAUUCACAAUGAAAAGAAAUGUCAAGCAUUUCACAAUGUUAUUUAUUCACUAAAACAGGAACGUAAGCACAGGAGUGUGCAAAGGACAGGACAGUUAUCAGAAUGGUGUCCAGUUUUAGGUGUUUUUUUAAUCAGUAUUUAUUGUGGCUUUGCAGCAGCAGUCAAUGGAGUUUUGCUAGUCCUGUUGUAACACACUUUGGAUGACCGUAUUGUUUUCUGAUGUCCAAUAAAUAUUACUCCAAACCUU